AUGGAGAGUAAUCAAGAAAUUCAUAAUGAAUUCGAAAUUAACGUGCCAUACCCUUAUUCUAUUGACCCGAUGGAUUUCUUAUCACGAAAAGGAAAACGGGGUAAAAAACCAUCCAAGUCAUCAAAUGCUUUUAUGAUUUACCGUAAAAUGUUUUCUAAGGAAUUAAGGAAGAAAAAUCAUAAAAUACCGCAAUCUAAAAUUUCCGGCAUGGCUUCAACUUCAUGGAAAAAUGAAUCUAAAGAUAUUAAAGAUGCUUAUCAUAAACUUGCUGGAGAUGUAGAUCGUUUAUUUCUGGAAGCAUAUAAAGAUAAUAAUUCUGUUGAAAAUCCAAUUGAACCGGUAAACGAAAUUAUCGAAUCACCAUCAUUGACGUUGAUCCCAAAUCCUCAAAUUACUUCGGCCGAAAAUAUUCUAGGUCAUAACAUUUGGAAUAAUAAUAACUUAUACAUAAGUGCUCCAUAUUAUUUGCCCGUUUAUGAAUAUCAAUUUACUUAUGAUGUUACUA